UUCCAGCUUAGCAAGUUCCAAAAAAGACUGUCGUUCAUUUUUGACGAUUUCAUUUAUCAUUGUCCAAGUGUUUCCUCCAUAUUGAGGCAACAAGUAAUUCCUUUAUAAAGUCCUUUAUCAGUCCUUGAUCAGUCCUUGAGAGUAAACAUGAACAGGUAUGUGUUAAUUCUUGACUUUUAUAGACUUAAAUCUAAAGAGCUAAGAUCGUUUUUCAUCUUGUUCUGAUAAGGCUAGUUUGUUCCGUUAUUUCUUAGAACACGAGAUGCUGCCGCGCAUGCGAGACAAACGUCACCAUCUUCACGCUUUCAAUUGCCCAUAUAACGUCAAAGAAAAUACCCAUUUUUAUUUAGUGUAGUUCAUACGUCAAGAAGGAACAAAACUAACGAUCAGCCAUGAACGAAACACGUUGGCAAAGUUCGUUCGAUUUCCCCAUUGUAUUGCAAAAUAUCACAUCCGCCCAAGAAUUUUUCCAAGCUUCGCUCGUCGUUGUUGGAACGUUGUUGAAUAGUUCCGUCGUUUUCGUAGUGAGUUUCUCUCGUCAGUUGCGCUACCCACGUCACCUUUUCUGGGCUGCCAUUUCUUUCGUGGAAUGCAUAUUUCUAAUUCAAUGCGCUCUUGAAUUGACUGUUAUACUAAAUCACAAUUAUCUGGCUUGCCGAUUGUAUGUUAUACUCGCAUCGGUCGAUUAUUCCAUCUUGUUGCUCUUGUUAUCGUUGGCCGCGUUCGACCGUUAUCUGGCAAUCGUUCGCUAUGAAUGGUACAAGCAAAGCGUCACUAAUCAAGGUGUUCUACUCGUUAUCGUAAUCACUUCGAUGCUUACUUUUGUCAUAAUUACAAGUCCAUUUUGGACGGGCUACAAAUCGAUUUAUACGUGCACGCUCAAUUUGGCCCACGUGCAUUGGGUUUUGGCGUGGAAUUUGUUCUUGGGCAUUCUUUGCGUUGUGCUUCAUUACAGAAUCUUUAGGGAAUCGAAGACUCUCAUUCAAGAAUAUGUGCCAUACUAUCGACGAACGUCGAUUACCGUCAGGUUUCUCAAUUCUUCUGUGCGACCUUCGCACGCCAGUUCUGGAAGGCAAACUGAUGCAUCAUCAGGAGCUCAAAGGAUUUUCACCGUAUUUCCAGAAAAUCCGUUUGUACACAACGAGACAACUCGUUUGCAUUCUGGAGAUACUGACGUCAAAUCUUACGUUGACCGUAUCGAUAAUGAACGUUUCUCCUGGACAACAAGUCGUUCAAAAGUCAAUCGUCUCGAAGUGCGUGCAGCUCUCAACAUGUCUGUUAACAUAUUGCCAUUCUGGAUUUGUACAUUUCCCGUUUCGUGUAAUGUCAUGUCUCUCUACUGGUGCAUCAGACUCGAAAGUCAAUGUGAUUUCAUUGACAAUUCGUGGCAAUAUUUAUGGAAUUUGUUUAUGCUUCAUAGCAUUUAUAAUCCGGUGAUGUACAUGGCCACCAGCUCUGAAUUCCGACGGGCACUUGUCCACAUUACAAAGAAACUUAUGAACAAUUUUUGCAUUCACUGGCAUUAGAGUUGAAUUGACGUUCCAAAAUGUAUCGCAUCAAUUUGUAUCAAUGUGUUUAAGUAAAAUACUCAAUCCCGGUACGUUCCAACCUACGUGAUAAAGGUGUAAAGACGUGUUUAAAUCUGAUUAUCAAGAUCCAUUUUUCUCUUCUU